AUGAGGUUCUUUGGCCUUCAAUUCCUCGCGACGGCCGGUCUCGUUGCGGCUUCCCAAUACUCCCACGGCAGGAUCGUCCGAGCACGGGACUCGCAGGUCACCAACCAAGAAGUGGACAACUUCAAGUUCUACGCUCAAUGGGCUGGCUCAGCGUACUGCAAUGACGAUUCCGAGCCGGGCGAGAGCGUUGUCUGCUCGCUAGACGUCUGCCCGGAUGUCGAGAGCCACAACGCGACGAUAGUCUCGAGUUUCAGUGACAAGACUUUCACCAGCCUAGAGGGCUUCGUAGGCCGCGACCCUGUCCGGUCGGAGAUUGUCCUCGCCAUUCGCGGCAGCGAAUCGAUUCGCAACUGGAUUGCAGAUUUGACACUCAGCAAGACUUCGUGCUCCGACACUGGCCUGCCCGUGUCCGACUGCGAGAUUCACAGCGGCUUCAACGACGCAUGGGAGGAUAUCUCAGACGACAUUUACGAAUCCAUCUGGUCCGCAUUCCAGACAUAUCCCAACCACACCCUCGUCGUGGCCGGCCAUUCCCUCGGUGCGGCCGUCGGGACGAUUGCGGCGGUGCACCUGAGGGAGGCCGGCUACCCCUGCGACCUCUACACGUUCGGCAGCCCGCGGGUGGGGAACGAGGGCUUUGUUCAGUUCAUAGCGUCGCAAGAAGGGCGCGAGUACCGCGUGACCCAUUCAGAUGACCCCGUCCCCAGGACACCACCUAUCGAUGAGCCCUUUGGUGGGCUUUUUGGGAGCUUUGGGGGUGGGUAUCGACAUACCAGCCCUGAGUAUUGGCUUACUGUCGAGGAUGGAAAAUAUGUUCCGGCUUCGUCGGUGACUUCGGAUAACAUGGUCUUGUGCGAGGGCAUUGACAACGAGGAGUGUAAUGGGGGCACCGGUGGCUUCGAUAUUUCGGCUCACAGGUAUUACUUUCGUAAUAUCUCGGCCUGCGCUCCCGGGUUCCAGAUAUAA